GUUUGGCGAAGAAAAAGUUUAUGUAGUUUCGACAAACUCUUGUCACCACCAACGACUUGGGCUAAGGAGCAGCAACAUUUGUCUCCAUACCUUUUACUUUUGCUUUGGGGUUUGUGAUACGAACUUACCAUCACGACAUGAUUUAUCUUAGGUGACCUUGCUUAAUUGGUCAUCAUUAUUAAGUUAGCGUUACCAAAAAAAAAGACCAUAGCGGGCGGUUCUGGAUUUACGUCCCACUCACGUUUCAAUGAAAGGCUAAUUGCUGGGUCGUUCAAUAGGUCCAGCUAACGUUACCCCUGGAUGGACUCCUGUCUUUUUUCGUCGCCCAUAAUUGAUGAAUAAGGUACUUAUUCCUCCGGGAGUCUCGCAUCCUCCGUCGGGUGGUCUCGUAUGAAACGUUUCGUGGCAGCGACUAGGGGUCGGGUGCUCCGCUAGCAGAGCCCGGCUUCAGGAUGAGGAUGCCCAGAGGAGGACGCCUGCUCCUGGCGACGUGCCUCGGCUCGCUCUUCGUGCUAGUGAUUUACUUUCAGACCAUCAUCAAGCCAGAACCUGGUGUGAACACAGACAGCAGACCAGGGAAAAGUAGGAGGAGUCCACUGCAGACUCUCUACAAUGGAGACCAGCAGCUGGAGCUGCUGGCGGCUCAGAGGUCGCUCCAAGGUCGCAGGGAGCUGCUGGAGCAGGCGUGUCUGAGCCACACCAGGAAGCGCCAAGUGCUUUCCCCCGAGGACCUCAAACACCUCAUUGUGGAUGAUAAACACAGCCUCAUCUACUGCUACGUACCCAAGGUAGCCUGCACCAAUUGGAAGCGAGUCCUGAUGGUCCUCACCAGUGACGGCCGCUACACGGACCCCCUCUCCAUCCCUGCCAACGAGGCCCAUGUGGCGGGGAACCUCCGCACGCUCUCCGAGUUCUCCGUCCCCGAGAUCAACCGACGCCUCCGCAGCUACCUCAAGUUCAUCUUCGUGCGGGACCCCUUCGAGCGCCUGGUGUCGGCGUACCGCAAUAAGUUCACCCGGAGCUACAACACUGCGUUCCACCGGCGCUACGGAACCAAGAUCAUCCGCCGGCACCGGCCCGAACCGGAUCCAGAGGAGAUUGAGAAAGGAAAUAACGUUUUAUUCCACGAGUUUGUCCAGUACCUCGUGGACCCCCGGACCCAGCGGGAGGAACCCUUUAACGAGCACUGGGAGCGGGUGCACUCGCUCUGCCACCCCUGCCUCAUCCACUACGACGUGGUGGGGAAGUACGAGACCCUGGAGCCGGACGCCCAGGCCGUGCUCAGCCUGGCCGGGGUGGAGGGGACGCUUCAGUUUCCCACGUCUGGGAAAAGCACCAGGACUGAUGGCAACAUGGCCGCACGCUACUUCAAGCACAUCAGCCCUUUCUACCAGAAGAAACUGUUCAACCUGUAUCGCAUGGACUUCCUGCUCUUCAACUACUCCACACCAGAGUACCUCAGGACUUGAUGAGGGGGGGGGUGAGAGCGUUGACAUCAGUCUGAUGGUUUUCCCUUCAGUUUCAGUUUGUGAUGAUCAUGUUGCACGUUUCGGUUGCCAUCUCUGCCCAGAGUAGUCCAUCACACGCUCUGGCUUGUCACUAAGACCCUCGGAAAGAAACAGCUGUGGAGAAAGAACCAAAAGCAAAUGGAACCAAAAGACAGUUUGCCAAGCAUCUGUAACACUUGUCAGCUUGCUUUCUAGUGUGAAAGAGUGUAUUGUUCUGACGUCAAGCAGAACAAAGGGCAGACUGGUUCUUCCCAAAAUGUGUUAGAACCAUUCCAGGUGACACAAAC